CCAUGAGGAGCCCAUGGUUCUGUCAUCCAGACGGUUGAUAUGAUGGGCUUCCUUGUCGAUGGUAUAUAAGUUAAAACCCCACUUAAUUGGACGGUCUCAGCUAUGUAAAGUUUGUCCUUUCUCGGUCGGGGUGAACAGUUGUUGUAUUUUCUUUCGUAACCGUUCAGUUACUGGCCAAUUAUUCACGGUUUAUCAUUUUUGAAAUAAUCAAAUUAAAUCUACACGCUCCAUCUAACUGGGGUCCACCAUUUUGACGGCUUGGAUUGAGGAAGCCACGUGUAAAUAAGGCUGGGUGCAUUCGCACGAAUUUGAAUAUUCACACCCCGCCAGUGUAUCUGUAUCUCUCCCCUUCAGAGUCGCCCGAGGAAAAAUUCCCGAUUCGUCAUCUCUCUCCAUCUCCAUUCAAAAACCCAAACAAAUCCUUUUCCUCGACGCAUCGUAAAAAUCGGCGAUUAUGGAUCUUCCUCGCACCGAACAAGUACCCGAUCCGAAGAAAUCUGAGGCCGCGCACUCCGCGGACUACGCCCCGUACCCGAAGGUCGAUCCCAAGGAUAUUGCUCCUCCUCCUCUCAGUCUGCAAACAUCCGAGAUAGGAUCUCAGCCGUCCGAUCCCCCACCCGUCGCUACUUCAACAUCCACAUCACCACAGAAAUCCGUCCGCUGGAGCCCCGAACUCACGACGGAGGCCCCACCUCCAACCGGACCCCAAGCCACCAGCAUGCCUCAAGAGUCAAAUCCUUACGUUUCUCCAUCGCCCGUCCAAUCAUCUUCUAAGAAUACGAUGGAGACGGUCCGCGGCGUGCUUGGCAAAUGGGGGAAGAAGGUUGGAGAAGCGACGAAGAAGGCCGAGGAUCUUGCUGGAAAUGUCUGGCAACACUGCCCCAGUGUUGCUGAUGCAGCGAUGGGGAGGAUUGCUCAGGGAACCAAAGUUAUAGCAGAAGGUGGUUAUGAAAAGAUAUUCCGACAAACUUUUGAAACUCUUCCAGAAGAGCAACUUAGGAAGUCAUAUGCUUGCUAUUUGUCAACAUCCGCGGGGCCUGUGAUGGGAAUUUUAUAUCUGUCCACUGCAAAACUUGCAUUCUGUAGUGAUAAUCCUCUUUCAUACAAAGUUGGAGACCAAACCGAAUGGAGCUAUUAUAAGGUGGUUAUUCCGCUGCAUCAACUAAAAGCAGUUAAUCCUUCAGCGAGCAAAAGCAAUCGUUCUGAAAAAUACAUCCAGAUCAUCUCUGUUGAUGGCCAUGAAUUUUGGUUCAUGGGUUUUGUAAACUAUGACAGUGCUGUCAAAAAUCUACAGGAAGCUUUGCAAGGCCAGAACGCACAAUCAGUUUGACCAUUGUUAGAUUUGGGAAUGCAGUUUCCACCAUAUCACAAGAUGCACAUCAUGGCUGCCAUGAGAUCGGCAUACAUGAUUACUUUGCUGUACUUGAAAUGUCUGGAGAAAACGUAGCUUCUUCAAGCUGGUUGAAUCUGUUUGCUGUUCUUGUAUCGAUUUAAUCAUUUUAAACAUUCAUUUUGUGAUAUCUGGGCAAACUGGUGUAAAUGCUUUAUUGUCGUGUUUGUGCAGAUCACAUUGUCAUAGUUCUACACAUUCUCAAUGCUGCUAGGUAAUAAGUAUUGUUGCUCUUGAUUUGAUA